ACCACGUGGGUUUAGGCAAAGUGAGAGGGUGCGGGCAAAGCUUUGAGGACAGUCAUGUUUGUUGAUAGGGCCGAUCGGUGAGUGCGUUGCUGUGUGUUUGCCUGGCUAUACCUCGUUUUUGUGCGGCGCGGGGGGCAGAAACCCCGAAGAACACGGUGGACUGGAACGCCGAAUGUCAUGUCGCCCGUUGGAUACUCCUGAGAUGGCGACGCCGUGGUAUUGAUUUGGCGGUGAACCUUGGCGACCAUGUAUCCGAACCGACACCCGGGAGACGGAAUGCCGACUUUCGCAUCGUAUGGAGCUCAUCCAAUGAUGGCCCUGAUGCAGAAAGAGGGUCCUCCGCCAGCCGCAGGUCAGCCUUUUAAAUUUACUGUUGCCGAAACAUGCGAUAGAAUUAAAGAAGAAUUUUCCUAUUUACAGGCUCAGUAUCAUAGAGACACAGUCAGCCUAAAACUCGAGUGUGAAAAAUUAGCUAGUGAGAAGACAGAAAUGCAAAGGCAUUACGUCAUGUAUUACGAAAUGUCGUACGGCCUCAACGUCGAGAUGCAUAAGCAAACUGAAAUAGCCAAACGGCUGAAUGCCAUAAUAGCUCAAAUCAUACCGUUCCUAUCACAAGAGCAUCAGCAACAAGUAGCUGCUGCGGUGGAACGCGCAAAACAAGUCACUAUGACUGAACUUAAUGCUAUUGUCGGGCAACAACACCCGGGAAUUGCACAUCUCAUGCAGCAAAUGCAUGCUCAGCAAUUACCUCCACAUGCGCAUGCGCCUCCUCUGCCUAUGAUGCCUCAUGCGGCGGCCAUCGCCGGACUCCAACCACCCACCCUACCUCCGAGUAGCGCGGCCGGACUCCUCGCACUCUCAAGUUCCCUAGCUGGACCUGCGGCUCAUCUUUCAGCAGCAGCCUCCACAGCAUCUUCCUCAUCCUCAUCUUCCAUAAAAGACCAUAGAGACGAGAAAAGAAAUUCUAAUUCUGUCAACGAUGAUCGACAGAGAAAUUCCAUAUCUCCUCACGAUCGUGAUAAACCUAGAAGUCGCUCUCCAGACCUGGACAUCGACAAAAAAAGGCGGAAAGAAGACAAGCAUGAUCAUUCCGAAAAAGGUGGCACAUGGAACGAACUGGCAGCUCUCUGCUUUCCAAACCUCCAGACGAAUGAAGAGGACAAAAGUGAUCAGGACCUCGUCGUUGAUAUCUCUAAUGAGGAACCUCUUUCUCCUCCAAAUGGUGAGAUGUCCCCCAGAGAAAAUGGUACAGAAAGAGGUCCCAAACGAGAACGUCCUCCAAGUCGUAGCGGGUCCUCUUCUAGCAGAAGUACACCCUCAUCCGCCAAACAUAAGGACCAUAUGAAUGAUAAACCACCUACACCAGUGUCAAAACCUGUAACUCCUACGAGUUCAGGAUCUACAACUCCAAGUUCAAGUGGCAUUAAACCUCAUCCAAAACAUGCAUUAGGUCCUCCAUAUCCAUAUGCUCUGCAUGGUGGAGCAGCACUAGCUGGUGAACUGAGUUCAGCAGCUGCAUUUCCUCAAGGCGUUCUGCACAAUAAUAUAUCACCAGCUCUCAAUUCCUAUUCUAGAUCACUAGUUGGUUUUGAUCACCCUUCAGUAAGGACACCUGCUUUUGGUAGCAUACCAGGUGGAAAACCAGCCUACUCCUUUCAUGUAAAUGCUGAUGGUCAAAUGAUGCCCGUGCCUUUCCCACCUGAUGCCCUCAUAGGACCGGGCAUUCCCAGACAUGCCCGACAAAUCAACACUCUUAGCCAUGGGGAAGUUGUUUGCGCUGUCACAAUAUCUAACCCCACAAAAUACGUCUACACUGGAGGAAAGGGUUGUGUUAAAGUAUGGGACAUCAGUCAACCAGGAAGUAAAACUGCAGUUUCUGAAUUAGUUUGUCUGCAAAGAGAAAACUACAUUCGAUCCUGUAAACUACUUCCAGACGGAAGGACACUUAUUGUGGGUGGCGAGGCCAGCACGAUAUGUAUAUGGGAUCUAGGAACGCCAACGCCGCGCAUCAAAGCGGAAUUGACAUCCAACGCCCCUGCAUGCUACGCCCUAGCUAUAAGCCCUGAUUCCAAAGUGUGCUUCAGUUGUUGCAGUGAUGGAAACAUAGCCGUCUGGGACCUCCAUAAUCAAAAUCUAGUCAGGCAAUUCCAAGGCCACACUGACGGUGCAAGUUGCAUAGAUAUAUCUAGUGAUGGGACAAAACUCUGGACUGGUGGAUUGGACAACACAGUGCGAUCUUGGGACCUAAGAGAAGGUCGCCAGCUUCAGCAACAUGAUUUUACCUCACAAAUAUUUUCGUUGGGAUAUUGUCCGACUGGCGAAUGGCUAGCUGUAGGAAUGGAGAGUAGCAAUGUGGAGGUGUUGCAUUGCACCAAACCUGACAAAUACCAACUACAUCUUCAUGAAAGUUGUGUGCUCUCGCUGAAAUUUGCAUCUUGUGGUAAAUGGUUCGUGUCAACAGGCAAGGACAACCUUCUAAAUGCCUGGAGGACACCAUAUGGAGCCUCUAUUUUCCAGUCGAAGGAAUCUUCAUCAGUGUUAAGCUGUGACAUUUCGUCUGAUGACAAAUACAUAGUAACUGGAUCCGGUGACAAAAAAGCAACAGUGUAUGAAGUCAUUUAUUGAAUCCUCACUUGACACAAAUAAAUCACCUUUUUACACUCCAAAACUGUUACACCUUCACCACAACUCGCCAAAUUGAAGCCGCCAACUAUAUACUCUUCAAUAACAAUUCUUAUGACAAUUCAUCUUUGAUAAGUCAUUUUAAGUGCAAUAAAUGCGCAUUCGAAAACAAAACACAAAUCAAUGAUGAUGAUUAUCCAAUGAUGAAACUAAUUUAUCAAAUUUGCAUCGUUUUGGAAAUAAUUUCGUUACAUAAUUUAUGAUUAAUUUAUGAAAACUAAUCCAUGAAUUACUAUUUUCACUCGGCUUAUAAUCAUUAUAAAGUUGCAAAACAUCAUAUUUUUAUUGUGCGAGUUUCGUUUCCUAAUGUCACAGAAGGAUUAUUUAUCAAAGUGUAAUAUAGAUGGCGGCACAGGCAUGAACAGUGUUCAAGACGUGGUGUUAUUUAUUUUGUUUCCGUGUUCUUCAACCAUGAAAUAAAAUGGAUCUUUCUCUAUGGAUAAUAAAUCAAGGAUGCCUUCUCAAGUUCCAUGCACAGACUCACAUAACUAUUUACAGAGUGACUUCAACUACUACAAUUAACGGUGCCACCAAAUCCUAAGUCAACUAAGUUCCAAAACUUGCCGCUUGUGGCUCCGUAGCGGACUACUACUAUCUGGAAACUCUACAGGCAAAAAGAAACUACUAUGAGAAUGUGUCCUAAUAAAAAAAGAAAACUGUGCUCCUUUUUUCAGUACGUUUCAUCUCUCGUGAAUGUUCCAGUUAUAACAUUUUUUUUAACUACUGUUGCAUUAACUAAUGAACUGCUGAAAAAAUAUGGAAUUACAGCUUCAACAAUUUUGUUUUUGUGGUUAUUAUAAAUUUAUUCCGUGCAAAGAUUUCUAUGUAAUGAUGCCACUUCUAAUAUUUUUAAACCUCAUACUUAAAAAUGUAUAAAUAUGAAAGCUGGUUGAUGAAUAACAAGACUGUUUAUUAUUGUUUAUUAGAAAUUUAAAACGAGUCUA